CCUCGGCAGGUCCCCGAAACCCAUGUUGGAAACCACCGGCACAGAUAAAAGAGCAGAGAGUUCAACAAGGCCAUGCAGAAGAAGCACCACUGCAGGUUUUUUUUUUCUUCAAUGGGACGCUGACAGCCUACUACUCCUCCUGUGAGUGUGACUCAUUUAAGGGCGGCUUUAGGACCCGGGAGAGACGGCUGCCACAGAGGCAUUGCAGACAGCGCGUUUGGGAGGUGUAGUGGAAGAAAGGCAAGAGAAACGGAGUAAAUGAGAGCACUUUGUCCAGAUUGUUGAAGGACCCGUCAACUUAAAACACCGCCGAAACAGCUCACUAUAAUGAGACGGACACAUUGUUGAAUUCCUGUCCAGGUAACCACCAUCGAGAAGACGGCUAUAAACUCCAGGACCCCGUCUCCAGGCUCCUGCGCAGGGUUGAGUGAAGGAAACUUUGGACUGAGAGUCGUCUCUCCCUGAGAGAAACCUGGAUCCUCCAUCCUGGCCACCAACAUGACCAAUGUGGUGAUCGUCAAGGAGGGAUGGCUGCACAAAAGAGGAGAAUACAUCAAGACCUGGAGGCCAAGGUAUUUUCUCCUGAAGAGUGAUGGUACAUUCAUUGGCUACAAAGAGCGACCGCAAGAUGUUGACCAGCUGGAAACCCCCUUAAAUAACUUCUCUGUAGCACAGUGCCAGCUGAUGAAGACGGAACGGCCCAAGCCCAACACAUUCAUCAUCCGCUGCCUGCAGUGGACCACUGUCAUCGAGCGUACCUUCCACGUGGAGACCCCCGAGGAGAGGGAAGAAUGGACCAAAGCCAUCCAGGCAGUGGCUGAAGGCCUACAGAAACAAGAGGAGGAGAUGAUGGACUCCUCCCCAGACCCCAUGGACAUGGAGGUCUACCUGACCAAACCCAGACUCAAAGUGACUAUGCACGACUUUGAAUACCUCAAACUCCUGGGAAAAGGCACUUUUGGCAAAGUUAUUCUGGUAAAGGAGAAGGCCACAGGACGCUACUAUGCCAUGAAGAUCCUAAAGAAGGAGGUGAUCGUAGCAAAAGAUGAAGUGGCGCACACACUCACAGAGAACAGAGUCCUCCAGAAUUCAAAGCAUCCGUUCUUGACAGGACUGAAAUACUCCUUCCAAACACAUGACCGCCUGUGCUUUGUCAUGGAGUAUGCAAACGGUGGUGAGCUUUUCUUCCAUCUUUCAAGAGACCGGGUGUUUUCAGAGGAGCGUGCGCGGUUCUACGGCGCAGAGAUAGUGUCUGCUUUGGACUACCUGCAUGCUGAAAGAAACGUGGUUUAUCGGGAUCUCAAGCUGGAAAAUCUUAUGCUGGACAAAGACGGACACAUAAAGAUCACAGAUUUCGGCCUGUGUAAGGAGGGGAUCAAAGAUGGCGCCACUAUGAAAACCUUCUGUGGGACUCCAGAGUACCUUGCACCUGAGGUGUUGGAAGACAAUGACUAUGGCCGUGCUGUGGACUGGUGGGGUCUGGGUGUGGUGAUGUACGAGAUGAUGUGUGGCAGACUGCCUUUCUACAACCAAGACCACGAGAAGCUAUUUGAGCAAAUCCUCAUGGAAGACAUCCGCUUCCCCCGGACCCUCGGCCUCGAAGCACGCUCCCUGCUCUCUGGUCUUCUGAAGAAAGACCCAAAGCAAAGGUUAGGUGGAGGACCUGAUGACGCCAAGGAAAUCAUGCAGCACAAGUUCUUUGCCAGCAUUGAAUGGCAAGAUGUUUAUGAGAAGAAGCUGGUCCCACCAUUUAAGCCCCAAGUUACAUCGGAGACGGACACGAGAUAUUUCGAUGAGGAGUUCACAGCACAAACCAUCACGAUUACGCCACCGGGACAAGAUGACAGCAUGGAGUCCUUUGACAGUGAACGGAGACCCCACUUUCCCCAAUUCUCCUACUCUGCCAGUGGGACGGCCUAAACGACUUUCAACCAUUCCUCCGGUCCGACCAUCUCGCUUCUCCCCACCUGACUGCACUCUCAGAAGACCGGGGGCCCAAACCCUCGUCCUCCCAACAAUCGUCUGCAGAAGCUGUCUUUGGAUGCAACAGUCGCCAUCUCCAAAUUACUUUUUCCAGGAAGAAGGAAAUCCGAGACGACAUACCUGUGUGGCCUUUGAAGACUGACCACGGAGAUAACACUACUGUUCAUUUCCUGGUUGUUUAUUACUAUACUGAGCAGGAAACCAUACACCGUAAUGAAUGGGGAGAUGUAGCUAUGCACAACUUGCGCUACUGCUGUAAAUCAGAUUUUUUUUUUUUUUUUUAAACACAAUUUGAUGUCACCAUAACCAUGUCAGUUAGAAAAUGGGCAUACUGUGGACCAAAUACAUCAUGUGGGAAGAGAGUAUUGUUUGAGUGGGUGAUCAAUCCAUGUUUUAGUCCAUUCAGACUUUUUUUUUUUGCUUCAUAAGUGAAUGUACCAUAUUAAAUAAAGUUAAUAUCCUUGCAUA